UCAGCAGCACUCGCAGCUAUUUUUAAGCCUGGCAAACACACAAUGUUCAGCUGCAACCUGAUGCUGUGGCAGGUAACAUUGCGAGUAAGGGUUUAAGGCGGUUAGCGUUGUUCUCUCAGGAUUUCCAUCCAGCAUUACCCAGGCAUGUCUGCAGAAGAGCUUGUACCCUCCGUGGUCUCCUGCAACCUGGAGCUUCCCAAAUGUAUGAACUGGAUAAUGAAAACAAAGAAGAAAAUGUCAAAUUGGAGAAAACAGUGAACCAAAUAUUAGAGGGAAGCUCUGGAGAUGAAUCUCCACAGGUAGCUGUACGAAGAAAGGUGUCAUUUGCGGACGCCUUUGGUCUGGACCUGGUUUCUGUGAAGGAGUAUGACAACCAUGACAACCAGGAUUCAUCAGUGCUGGAGGCAAAUAGUAGAGAAGCUGAGGAAUUUUACAUCUCUUGCCUCUUUAAUAUCCUAGCAUUGCACCAGGACAUGGAGGUGAGACUUCAGCAGCAGAAGUUGGAGCUGGAGCGCAUUGAGCUGCUCCCUGGAUCCACCACAAUCCGCGGCAUCAUCCGCGUUCUUAACCUCUGCUUCCACAAGGCCGUCUACGUCCGUGUCACUCUGGACGGCUGGCAGAGCCACUUCGACCUGCUGGCUGAGUACAUGCCUGGGUCCAGCGAUGGCGAGACGGACUGUUUCUCUUUUCAACUCGUGUUGAUGCCUCUGUUCCAGGUCGAAGGGUUGCGGGUGGAGUUCUGUCUGCGGUAUGAAAGUGCUGUUGGAAUCUUCUGGGCCAACAAUGGAGGGACAAACUACAUUGUCUUCUGCCACCAAAGACGAAGGAGCGAUCUGAAAGAGAAAGAGAGUGAAAAGGAGAAGUCUGUAGAGGAGAGCAACCAAAAAGGUAUCAGGAGCUGCCUUAAAACAAUCAGUAAAAAGACCUACUGGGAGGCGACACCUGCAGAGGCGAGCGGUGAGGUCUCAGAACAAGUCACACCCAAGGCCAGGCAUACUGAGGAGAACAUAACAGAAAAAGAAGUAGGAAUAAAUUCCUGCAAAUCCCUUAAGGACUGCUGCAAAACUCUGGUGGAUUGUCGUAGGAAACGUCAAGCUGCUCGUUUGGCUCACGUGCAGGACUACUUCAUUCAGAAAGCAAUGGAAAUCCAGAUGGGUUAUAAUUCCAACACAAAUACAAGUACCACAUCCAUACCAAGGCUGAGUAUACCAAGUAGAACCCACUUGCCUGUUGUCCACGGCCAACAAGGAUACGGUAAUGACACGCCACCAAUACUAAUGUACCACCAGAUCCCUCUGCUUUCCCUGGAUUGGGGCAGUACCACAACAACACCUCCCUAAGCAAA